UGGGGCUACAGGAAGACCCUGUCUCGAAAAAAACAAGAAAAAAAGAAAAGAAGGGUUGGUGGCGGAGUGCUGGAGGAAUCCAGGGUGGCUACCCUGAUCUUUGUUGAUGAGGCUAACGGAGAACCAGGCAGCCGUGUGCUUCCCAAGGAUGGGCUGAAGCUGGGCUCCAGUGUCAAAGCCUCAGAUGGGAAAUCGCAGGCUUCAACACCACGAGUUGGCAAAGUAUUCAAUGCUCCACCAGCCCUACCUAAAACUGGCAGAAAGGCUUUGGGAACUGUAAACAGAGCUACAGAAAAGUCACUGGAGACCAAUAGACCUCUGAAGCAAAAAUAGCCAACUUUCACUGUGAAAAAGAUCACCGAGAAGACAGUUAAAGCAAAAAGCUCUGUUCCUGCUUCUGAUGAUGCCUGUACAGAAAUGGAAAAGUUCUUUCCCUUCAACCCUCUAGAUUUUGAGAGUUUUGACCUGCCUGAGGAACACCAGAUUGCGUACCUCCCCUUAAGUGGAGUGCCUCUCAUGAUCCUGGAGGAGGAGAGAGGACUUGAGAAGCUGCUGCACCUGGACCCUCCUUCCCCUGUGAAGAACCCCUUUCUGCCAUGGGAGUCUGAUCCAUUGCAGUCCCCCUCCAGCAUUCUCUCCACCCUGGAUGUCAAACUGCCACCUGUUUGUUAUGAUAUAGAUAUUUAAACCUAUUCCUUUAGCG